GAAAUGCAUCACGUGGAUAAGGAAGCGUUAUAAAGUGAUUAUCGAGGUAACAUUGAUACACAUGCAUUCCACACGUGAUUAUAAACGACAAGGAUGGACGUUUUUAUAAAAACUAACCGAAUUGCUAUCUCUGUUAUGUCUCUCAUCUUUGUCUAAGAAUAGGGACAAGAAAAUACAUCAUACUACUCAUCUAUGAAGCAUAUUACUCAAUUCUUGUGUUUAAUAAACAUGAAAUGGAAACUCCACCCCUUUUCCCUGUUCUAUUAAGGUAACCUAACCUUCAAGGAAAUACAAAUCACUUCACGUUUCUCUUUGUCCUUCAUUUUGUUUAUCUUCUAUCUCUUAUCGUAUUCCCUUUGGUCAAUCUUUUUCUCCUCCUAUCUCCUGUGGGGUAAACAACAACGUGCCUGAUAGACUAAAUCCAAAAUCCCAAGGAAAAGGCAUAAAAGGCAUGGGUUUGGCUGUUUCCUACAUCGAUAAAUUCAAGCUUUCUCUUUAGCGGGACAUUUAAUCCUUUCAAUUCAUCUUCUUUUUUUUUUUUUUCUUUUUUUCACUCCUUUCAUUUCCUUCUUUGUCAUCUCUUUUUUAUCUUUUUUAAUUUUAUUUUUUCCUUUUUCCUUUUUCUUUCUACGAAACUUUGAUCUCUAGUCCAUUUCGCUUUCUUUUGGUUUUUAUACAUUGACAGCUGUUUCGUUUACAAGGUCUUUCCGUGUCUUCCUUGUUUUUGUUUUCUUUCUUUUUAUUUUCGUGAAUUCUGUGAAAGCAAAGCUAAAUCAUAUGCUGAUUCCAGUUUCUUUCUUGCCUUUUUUCUAGAUAUACAAUCUCUUUUUGUGGAAGAAACUUAUUCUUGAUACCUUCUGUCUGGAUCGUCGGUUACGCACUUCUUUUAUUCCUUGCUUCAUGGAUUACAACGCUGCUGUCUCCAAUGGCUCGUCCAUAAAGAUGGCCUCCUCCGGGAGGUUGGACGAGGAAAUUCGUGCCUCAACUUCAUCCAAUUCUUCAAAAUCUACCAAGCAAGCCACCAAGGAAGCUGAUGUCGAUACUUACCCCGUAAAAGACGGUAAAGGUCAUAACUCAGCUCGUUCUUCUGCCGACAUCGAAAAAGGCGACAUCGUCGAAAGUGAGUUUGUAGAUGUCGAAGACGACUCUCCAUAUCCCGAAGUUCGUACUUCCGUCUCUCCAACCGAUGACCCUUCUAUGCCUUGUAAUACCAUCCGUAUGUGGACCAUUGGUUUUAUCUUUUCUACCGUUGGUGCUGCCGUUAAUAUGUUUUUCUCUCUUCGAAAUCCUCCCGUCACAAUCACCGUCUUGAUCGCUCAACUUAUCGCAUAUCCUUGCCUCAAGGGUUGGGAUUAUAUCUUCCCCGACCGUGUACUCCGCAUUGGUCGUCUUCGCUUCAAUCUCAAACCAGGCCCUUUUAACGUGAAAGAACAUACCCUUGUCGUCAUCAUGUCUUCCGUCUCCUUUGGAAGUGCUUAUUCGACAGACAUCAUCCUUUCUCAGCGCGCUUUUUACAAACAACGCUUUGGUUUCGGUUACGAAAUCUGCCUUACUCUCGCUACCCAGCUUAUUGGUUAUGGUCUUGCUGGGGUUUCCCGCAAACUUUUGGUUCGUCCUGCCAGUAUGAUUUGGCCCUCCAACCUUGUUAAUUGUACCCUUAUGAAAACUUUGCACGUGUCUAGCAAAAAAAAUAAUCCGAAAAGUGCGAACGGCUGGUCCAUUUCCACUUUUCGUUUCUUUCUCAUUGCUUUCGUCGGUUGCUUUAUUUGGACCUGGUUCCCAAAUUAUAUCUUUACGGCUCUUUCUCUCUUUGCUUGGGUCACUUGGAUCAAACCCAAAAGUCCCAUUGUUAAUCAGCUUUUCGGCGAGUCUACCGGCAUCUCCCUAAUUCCGAUUACCUUUGACUGGAACUCAAUCAGUGGUUAUUUGUCGUCUCCUCUAAUGUUUCCUUCUGAUGCCAUCUUCAAUACAUUACUUAGUACCAUCAUUUUCUUCUGGAUCGUCACUAGUGCUAUACAUUAUAGCAACAUUUGGUAUGGAAAAUAUGUUCCCAUCUGCAGUAACACAAUUUUGGAUCAUUUUGGAAAUACCUAUAAUGUCAGUCGCAUUCUCACUCCAGAUUUCAGAUUGGACCUUAAGGCUUUUCAAAAUUAUUCUCCUCUUUUUAUGCCUACUGCAUCUUCCGUAUCAUUUGGUCUUUCCUUUGCUUCCAUGACUGCCGUUCUGGUCCAUGUCAUUCUCUAUUAUGGCAAGGACAUCUGGGCCCGCAUUCGCAAUCCUCCAAAACCCGAUGUUCAUGAGCGCCUUAUGAAACAAUACAAAGAAGUCCCUAAUUGGUGGUAUCUUACCAUCUUUAUUGUAUUCUUUGGUAUGAUGAUGGGCGUUUGUUAUGGAUGGCCCACCGAAACUCCUGCUUGGGUCGUCAUUGUGGGAUUGAUUUUUGCCAUUGUAUGGUUCGUACCUAUCGGUGUUAUUUAUGCGAUUACCAAUGUCGAGCUUGGUAUGAAUGUUUUUACCGAGUUUAUCGUUGGUUACAUGUAUCCCGGACAUCCUUUGGCUAUGAUGAUAUUCAAGACGGUUGGAUAUAUCACUCAAGCACAGGCGCUGACUUUUGUCAGUGAUCUGAAGCUGGGUCACUAUAUGAAGAUCCCUCCAAGGAUGAUGUUUUGGGCUCAAACCCUCUCAACCAUCUGGUCUUGCUUUGUUCAAAUUGGUGUUUUAGAUUGGGCUCUCGGCAAUAUUAAAGGCGUAUGUAAUCCUGAUCAACCUGAUGGAUACAGCUGCCCUGGCGCUAAAACCUUUUUUAAUUCCUCCGUAAUCUGGGGUGUUAUUGGUCCCAAUCGCAUGUUCUCAGGCAAGGCUCCUUACACCGGAUUGCAAUACUUUUGGCUCGCUGGCGCACUUGCAACUGUUUUGUUUUGGAUUUUAUGGAAAAAAUGGCCCCAAAAGUGGUGGGGUAAACUCAAUGCUCCUAUUAUUUUUGGUGGUACGGGUAUGUUGCCUCCUGCGACCCCUACCAAUUACCUAGUAUGGUGUGGAAUCGGCAUUUUUUUUAACUACUUUAUCAAGAAAAGAUUCUAUUAUUGGUGGGCAAAGUACAACUUCAACUUGUCCGCUGCCCUUGAUACGGGUAUGGAACUGGCCCUCAUCGUCAUCUUUUUCUGCCUACAACUUCCUAAUGUAAGCUUUCCAAAUUGGUGGGGCAAUGUUGGUGCCUUUAAUACAAUGGAUGCUUCUGGCACUGCUGUAUUAAAGACGGUCAACGAAACUGCUGGUGAAUUCUUUGGACCUACAAGUUGGUGAUAAUUGAUAUCAUUUUGAUUUCUCUUCUGUUUGUAAAUGGUCACUUGUCUAUUGAAAAUUGCUAAAUCUUACUCCUAAUUUGUCUGUGGCCAUUUUUCACUCUUAAUCUCUGAUCAUAGUUUUGUACAUCUAUUUGCUUUGUGUUUAGAUAUAUAUAUAUAUGUUUGUAUAUGAUUGAUUCUAACGUUUUAUUUAUAACAUGU